ACAACGCCAAUGGAUGGAACGAAUCACUCUGUGGUGUCAGAGUUUGUGUUCCUGGGACUCACCGAUUCCUGGGAGAUCCAACUUCUCCUCUUUGUGUUCUCCUCCACGUUUUAUGUGGCAAGCAUGAUGGGAAACUCCCUCAUUAUGCUCACUGUGACCUCUGACCCUCACUUACACUCCCCCAUGUACUUUCUGCUGGCCAACCUCUCCUUCGUUGACCUGGGAGUUUCUUCUGUCACUUCUCCCAAGAUGAUUUAUGAUCUUUUUAGAAAGCGUAAAGUCAUCUCCUUUGGUGGCUGCAUCGCUCAAAUCUUCUUUAUCCACGUCAUUGGUGGUGUGGAGAUGGUGCUGCUCAUCGCCAUGGCCUUUGACAGAUAUGUUGCCAUAUGUAAGCCUCUCCACUAUCUGACCAUCAUGAGCCCAAGAGUGUGCCUCUUCUUUUUAGUGGCUGCCUGGAUGACUGGCCUCAUCCACUCCAUGGUUCAACUGGCAUUUGUGGUAAACUUACCCUUCUGUGGUCCUAAUGUGUUGGACAGCUUUUACUGUGACCUUCCUCGGUUCAUCAAACUUGCCUGCACGGACACCGACCGACUAGAGUUUAUGGUCACAGCCAACAGUGGAUUCAUCUCUGUUGGCUCCUUCCUCAUACUGAUCAUUUCCUAUAUCAUCAUCAUUCUCACUGUUCAGAAACACUCUUCAGCUGGUUCAUCCAAGGCUCUGUCCACACUGUCAGCUCACAUCACUGUGGUAUUCUUGUUCUUUGGUCCUUUGAUUUUUUUUUAUACGUGGCCAUCUCCCUCCAUACACCUGGAUAAGUUUCUGGCCAUCUUUGAUGCUAUUCUCACUCCUUUCCUAAAUCCGGUCAUCUAUACAUUCAGGAACCAAGAAAUGCAGGUGGCAAUGAGGAGAGUAUGCAGACAGCUAGUGAAUUACAGGAAGAUCUCUUAA